AUGACUCAGUUUAAUUUUUCUGCAGAUAAUAGUCUUGCCCAAACAGUACCUGCACCGACUAGCUCUAACACCCAAAACAAAUCACAACAGUCAACCGAAGCAAUUCUCAAAGCUGCUACACAUUUUAUGCUAAUGGCAGCGCAUAAUAAGGCCCAUGCAGAGCUUUAUGAGGAGUGUAUGCGGUCAAAAUAUCAAUUAGAGGUGCAAUUAAAACUUGUGUCCGAGCUCAAGGAGGAGCUCAAAGAAAUCCAUUGUCACGGCCUGUCUAGGCUCGGAGAUUCCUCAGGCUCACGUCACGGGCAAGAUUCAACAGAAAAUGGCAAUCCGAAAGCACAAAACCCAUCCAUUACCAUUCCCUACUCACCACCAAUGGAUAAGCAGGACGACUAUCCGCAUGUUCGCUUUUGGGAUAAAGAGGAGUGGAUUGAUUAUAAAACAAGGGCGGCAAACCGUAACCAAUCAGUUGAUAAGUUAUAUUUUCUUUGUAAUGAGGAUGGCGAGAUGGUUUCACAGGCACGUCGUGAAGAAAUGACAGAAACGGCCAAGGUGGCAUUCAACGAACUCUACUACUGGCGCCUUGAUCCACAUACAUGGGGAAAGGGAAAUCAACAGGCUCGGGACUACUUUAGCGCAAUAAUGAGGGGAAAAUUUCCCGAGUUUAGAUGGUGCAGUAACGACUGGAAGAUUAGGGAGUUUGCAACCAUUAGAUAUCCUGACUGGGCAUCUCAUAUCCGUAAAACGGGUGACUUACUUCGUGCACGGCCUUCUAUUGGAAAGCGAGGCACCGAUUACAACAAUCUCACCGCUUCAAAGCCAAAAAAGCGACGCCCAAAUACUUCAUUGCACAGUCACGCCGGUGAACAGCACAUCAUCGAUGUUGAUGCAGUUCCCCUACCCAAAGAAGUUCCGGUUCCGGGUCCAUCUACACUACCCAACCCAGAAUUUGCGUCGGAUUUGCCUCAUCGUCAGGAAUCUCCCACGGUUGAAGAAAUCUUAUCGGCAACCGCAGCUUCCAUCUCGACUAGAACAUCUGUUGAGUUGGUCACGACAUUGACAUCAAACUCUACAAAUCUUCGCACCUUAGAAGACUCGGAAGUGCCUAUAGUCAAUGCUGAGAAACACACGGACGGGUUGGCCAGUGGUACUACAAGCAACCUUUCUGGCACUUCUGAACCGCCUGCAUUCCAGAGGGUAGAGGACGUGGAGCUGACUGUACCUAAUGGAGUUCAGCAAAAUGCUAUAUCAACUCGUCGUACAAGGUUAAAUCCUUUAGCCGGUCUUACCAUUCCAAACCCAGCCUUUGAAGUUCCCGGGCAGUCCGCUCUUGAAAACACGUCCAAUUCCGAGUCUUCCAUGGUCCCGGCACAAAAGGGGAAGAAAGCAAAACCCAUGGUGGUUUCAAAGGCGCUGACCGCUCGAAAUCUUUUCGCACUUGAUUACCAGAAGACGCACCCUAAUGUCACUGCUGCAGAGUUUAAGAAGGUUUAUGAGAAUCUCGACAGGGAUAUUAUCAAGAAAUAUGAGAUUCUUAGUAAGGAAAGAAAAGCAGCAUCAAAGGCGCCAGCAGCUAUUACAACAAGUGCUGCGUAA